UAGCCGUGGCGUGCCUGCAGGCAAAUAACAUGGAGUCGAGUGUGUGGUCUCUGCAAGCGGGUUCAUGGAAAAAAUGUAGCACCGAUGUAACAAAAUUAUAGCAACACACUCUACAUGCAUUCAUGGACUGAGGAUAUUCGUAGCUUUGUUCCAUAUAAAGCAUGGAGAACGGUGCGUAAACAACUCCUUUUCUCAGACCACAAGCCAGGCCGUUUUCCGUGAGUACUUAAUAACGGGCGUUAUAACAUUAUAAACAUUUUUGCACAUAUUUAUAURAUGCUUGCUACGUCCAUCCACAAUGCCCUUGCAGGUAGAUAUCAUUUUUUUCCAUCUUAAUGUGUUAGCUACUUGCAUUUGCGUUUAUUUUUAGCUAACAAGCGAGACAGGGCCUGAAUAAAAGUAUACUUUUGUAUGUGGCCAUUUGGGAAAUAUGUUAUAUUCUCACAAUAUCACCAGACAUUGUGAAAAUGGGUCAGACAUUCCCAAAAUUGCAGUGGGCUGAACCUGUGACGCCACUGCGCUAUGCUUGUUACCAUCUCUUGCAUUUACGAUUUGUCAAAUUCAUCAAGGUCUUGGUGUGAUAUUGUGGCUCACUGACAAUGCAGCAUUUGAARCAGAAWAUCAAGUGGCCAACCCAGACCCCCAAAUKAGUGMYAUGAUUUUCCAAUKACUUUAAAUUGGUUGUUUUGUGUGCAUCAGAACACCUUUUCUGGAGUGCUGCUUAUCUCUCUGUUAUGACAGUAUUACGGAAGUGUACCCCGUGUGUAUGUAUGUGUGUGUGUGUGUGUUGUUUGUGUAUAUGAAAACAGUGGAAGAGAAGACCACACACAAUGUAGACUGUAGUGGUCAGCAGUGGGACGCCAUACUGUGCUCUGGGGACCAUGGAGCUAGAGGGGGAUUCUCUUUCCCCCAGGGAUUCCUUCACCUCAGUGAGCAGCUAUGGGCCACCACCCUCAUUCUCAGCACAGGACACCGUAACCCACAACUUCCUAAAUCACACCUUACAGGUUCCAGACGAGCUCAYCUUCAGUGGGAGCCCAUGGUCCAGYGGUGGYAAUGGGGACUUUGAGAGGACCGGAGGCCCCCUAUCCCAGGUGGAAUCAGGGAGGAGUGCACAGAGGAGCAUCAGGCCCUCAGCCUUUCCCUCCUCCCUGACCUGGGACUCUGACUCUGAGAAAGAGACACUAGACGAGGAAGAGCUACAGCACUUUUCUAACCCUCACGGUCUGGCCGCUCACAGCCCAGGAUCCCUCUCCUCUGGACUCAGACCUGACAGUGAGGAUGACCAAGGACCUGAACAACUGCAGCACUUACCCACUGAGACAAACCUACUCAGCCCUGUGGAGGAGCGGGACCAAGACAAGCCUAACACACACAGAGAGGAGCCAAAGAAGGCCCAACCCAGUUCAAAAGAAUUGGUAGAUGACAGAGUCUGGAAUAUAUCGGAGAAAGCUGAACUGUUUCAGUCCAAAGUGACAUCAAAGGAGGGGUGCAAAAUUGAGGAGGAGGGAGAGGAAGAGGACCUGACAGGGAAGGACAAGGAGCCUGAGCGGGAUGUGUACACCUUUCCUGGGGACUCAGACACAGAGAGCCCCCCACCAGCACCCUGGGCACACUGCACCUUCAUCCAGCGUCGGAAGAAGAAGAGGGCCCUGCUCAGGCCCUUCUCUGGCCAGGGCUCCUGGGAACGCACAUCAACAGGAGCUGGAAAGAAGGCAAGGAGUGCUUCCUCAAGAGCAAAGAGCUUGGGGCCAGUGAAUGUGAGUGGAGGGGCCUAUGACUUUAAGGAGGACUUGGAAAAGGCAACAGAGGAUCUGGAGAAGGUAGAAGAGGAAAAAGGUGGUGAAGAAGGAGGAGGAGGAGACGGAGAGCUUGGUAAAGAGAUUUUCACCUGUGUGGAAUGUAGCAUUUACUUCAAGAAGCAGGUCUACCUGCAGGAUCACAUGCAAGAGCACAGUCAGAGCAGGCCGGGGGCUGGCAGGAGGGAGCGCGGAGUGAAGGGCGCGCGAUUUCGGUGCGUGGAGUGUGGAUGGAACCUGUCAAACAGGCUGGCUCUGGCGGACCACAACAGACGACACCAGGAGUCUCGUCAGAAGAUCCUGGAGGAGAUUGGGAAGCUGAGUGACAGUGGGAAAGGAGAGACUACGCAAGGUGAACCGAGCAAGGUGACCAAACCUGCAAGCCCAGUCCUAGAACCAUUUGUAGCUCUAGUCACGACUCUAGCUCCAUUCACAGAGCCAGAUCCAGUUCCAGUCCGGGCCCCAGUCAAAGCUCGAGCCAAAACCCCAGUCAAAGCAAAGGUCAAAGGCCCAGCCAAUCGUCGUUUUCUCUGCCUCAAGUGUGACUUCAGUACACGCACCUCACAGGCAUUGGCUAAUCAUGCCAAGACCCACAACAGAAAACCUACUGGUCUGCAGCGAGCCUCUCCGCGCUUUCAGCCAAAGCUCACUCCUAUGGAGCCGUCUGUGUCACCUGGAUCUGGAUCUGCCUCUGGCCUGACCUCCAUCUCUCUCACUUGUGAUCAGUGUGCCUUCCAGGCCUCCAGUCAAACUGCUCUGAAGGAGCACCAACACGUGGCUCACCCCGCGCAGACCUCCAUCUGUGGGGAAGGGCCUGAAGAGAUGAACCGUCCAGGGUCCAGAAUUGAUGCUUCCUCUCCACCAUGUUCUGAUACGCUUUCUAAACCUGUCUCUCCACCAGAGGACCAAAGCCAGUCAAAGGCCAGUAAGUCUUCUUCCUCUAGUUGGAUCUCUGCUAUGGAGGACAGUGACACACAGCCCCAACCAUCAAACACUGCUCCAGCUCCCCAGCGUAGAGAGAUAGCCUUUAAGACCAUCGGGAACAAGAGGGCAAAUAGGAGAGGGAAGGCUGGGACAGAACUCCUCUGGCCAAAUUCCAGACUGGACAGCGGGCCACCUGAGACCGAUGAUGCACAAAGCCAGGGCCAGAGCCCUGACCUGGCAACCGAUAUGAACCAAAAAGAGACUGAAUCACUUGUUGGAUCCAAACCGCUCACCAGGGCUCGAUCCCUCCGAGAUGACUCCUCUCUAAAACAACAGAGCCUCACAGCCUCAUGYUCUACAGAAGGGAAGCMCGUGAAGGAAGAGGAAGAGGACGGGGAGACAAAGGUUGCUUUUGAAAAGAAGAGUAACAAGGUUUUUGCUGCUGAAAAUGACGAUGAUGAUGACAACGAUGAUGAUGACAACGAUGAUCAUGACGAAGAAGAAGAAGAGGAAGAGGAGAAUAUCCGGCGUUUCCUAGCGGAGGGCAUAUCAGAUGAGGAUUAUGAGGAGAUUGAUGAGAAGACGGGGACCCUGAAGAGCGUGGAGAGGAAAUGCCCCUACUGCCCUGAUCGCUUCCACAACGGCAUCGGGCUGGCCAAUCACGUGAGGGGCCACCUCAACCGAGUGGGCGUCAGCUACAAUGUGCGCCACUUCAUAUCCCCUGAGGAGGUCAAUGCCAUUGAGAAGAAGUUCUCCUACCAGAAGAAGAAGAAAAAGGUUGCCAACUUUGACCCGGAUACGUUCAGUGUGAUGCGCUGUGAGUUCUGCAAUGCUGGCUUUGACACCCGGGCUGGUCUGUCCAGCCAUGCCAGGGCGCACCUGCGGGACUUUGGGAUAACUAACUGGGAGGUGACUGUCUCGCCCAUCCAUAUCCUCCGGGAGCUCUUCUCCAGCCGCCCAGACCUGGUCCUCCCCACAGCCCCCCCACGCAGCCCAGCCUCAGACGAGGAGGAGGAGGAAGACCUGGAGACGGAGGAGGAAGAACCAGGGGGAGGGGAGGGGAGUGAAGAGGCAACAGGUGCUACAGUCUCCAACCUACUGCCAUCGUCGCCUUCUCAGCCUUGGGAGAAAGACCACAGCGUUGGUGAGCCUGAAGGCGGGGAGGAGGAAGAGCAGAUGCCAGCACUGGACAGCUUGACCUCCAGCCCAGGGAGGAAGGGUCUGUUUUCCCUGGACCCAGAGAGCCCCUCCCCGAGGGAUGAAGCUGACAUCAA